GGAGGAGUAGUACAAGUAGGUGGAGGAGGAGCCUGUUUGUUGACAUCGGACGAAAGCGAAAAUCAGAUGAGUGAAGACUGGUGAUAAUAACUCAAUUUCUCGCCGUCAUCGAGACAUAUAGCCCUGGCGAAAGCUAAGGUCCCCUGCACUGCCCUGUCUUUGAUCUGAGCCGGAGAAGAAGAGGCAAACAUGGCAGCCAAAGCAGGAGACAACCCUGACAGCCUCAUGACUCUGGCAACGGUGUUCUGUCUGAGGAACCUCAGGAAGACCAUGUGCUACCAGGGAUUGAGGAACAAGCUCUGCCUGCGCUCCGACAUCUUCCUUCCCAGCGAAAUCUGCGACAAGCUGGUCAACACAUAUAUGGAGUUGGUCCACACAGACAGUAACUUUGAACCGGAGGAGAGCUUCUUCCAACUAUUCUCAGACCCCCGAAGCACCAGACUCACUAGGGUACAGCUGAGAGAGGACUUUGUACGUGACAGAGAUCUGGAGGCCAUUAGAAAACAGGACCUGAUUGAGCUCCACCUCACCUACUGCAACAGUCUGUCAUCCCGCAGUCUGAAAACACUGACCUGCUUCCGUGAGACCUUGGUGUCUCUUUGUCUCUUCGGCUGCAACCACAUCUUCUACCGGAAGGGUGGCGCCCCGCUCGCGUGCAAUGAAGACACCGAGGAUGAGGAGGAGGAAAGCCCUGCUUCUAGGCAAGCAGUAGAGACAGACUUUAACUUCCAGGGGUUCAACCGCCUCAGGUUGCUCAACUUGGGGGGCCUGCCUGACGAGGUGGAUGCUGAGACCCUGCUCAAACCCCUGAAGUCACUCACCUCACUAGAUCUAUCUAACGUACAGUUGCUGGGAACAGCUUUUCUCACACAAUGGAAAGACAGACUGGCAUCUCUUGUUCUCUACAAUGUGGACCUUUCGGAGGAGUUGAUCAGUACAGUGGUGGAAAUCGUUCAUCUCAGACACCUCGACAUCUCGCGGGAGAGCAGGCGAACCUCCAAGUGUAAGAUGACAAGGAAGAUCCUGACAGCCAUCGUACAGCGCCUGGUCAAUCUGGUGUCACUGGACAUUUCGGGUCACAUCAUGCUGGACAACUGCACAGUUCCACACUUUGAAGAGGCUAUGGGUCGGCCAAGCAUUGAGCCGUGCAAGAGCAGCAUCUAUCCUUUCCAGGAGCUGAAGAGGCCCCUGCAGUUUCUGGGUUUAUAUGACACCACCCUUUGUAAUGUGACACACAUCCCUGCGUAUAAGGUGACUGGAUCCAAGAAUGAGGACCAGGUCCUGAAUGCCAUUGAGGCUUACACAGAGUUUCGCCCUGAGCUGGCCCACAGAGCCAUCAAUCAGCUGUUUGACAUCGCCAGGAUACAGCACUGCAGCCAACUGCUCCGAGCUUUGCAACUUGUCAUAGCAGCACUGAAGUGCCAUAAAUACGAUAAGAGUAUACAGGUGACUGGCAGCGCUGCUCUGUACUACCUGACCAACACAGAGUACCGCAGUGACCAGAGUGUGCGGUUGCGCAGAGAGGUCAUACAAGUGGUACUGAAUGGAAUGGAGCAGUACCAGGAGGUCACUGUCCAGAGAAACUGCUGCUUGACUCUGUGCAACUUCAGUAUUCCAGAGGAGCUGGAGUUCCAGUACAGUCGGGUCAACCAGCUGCUGCUGAAAAUCCUGGAGCCAGCCAGGCAAGAUGAGUCCAUCCAGAGAAUUGCUGUGCACCUCUGCAACGCUUUGGUGUGUCAGGUGGACAACCAUCACAAGGAAGCUGUGGGAAAGAUGGGAUUUGUCAAGACAAUGUUGAAUUUAAUUCAGAAGAAGCUUCAGGACAGAAUGUGUGAUCAGGUGAUGGAGUUUUCCUGGAGUGCUUUGUGGAACAUCACUGAUGAGACGCCCGACAACUGCCAGAUGUUCCUCAACUGUCGGGGCAUGAGUCUGUUUCUGGAGUGUCUACAGGAAUUUCCAGACAAGCAGGAGCUUCACCGCAACAUGUUGGGGCUUUUGGGAAAUGUAGCUGAGGUCAAAGCACUAAGGCCACAGCUGCUUACCCCACAGUUCAUCACUGUGUUCAGUAACCUGCUGGACAGUAAGGCAGAUGGAAUCGAGGUGUCGUACAAUGCGUGUGGUGUACUUUCACACAUCAUGUUUGACGGGCCUGAGGUUUGGUCGAUGGAAGAGCCGAGAAGAGACACAGUGAUGGACAAGAUGUGGGAUGCCAUCCAGAGCUGGGAUGUCAGCUCACGCCGCAACAUCAACUACAGGUCAUUCGAGCCCAUCCUGCGGCUGCUGCCUCAGAGCAUCUCCCCUGUCAGUCAGCACUGGGCCACAUGGGCUCUCUUUAACCUGGUGUCAGUUUACCCAAGCAAGUAUUGUCCCCUGCUGAUAAAGGAAGGUGGCAUCAGUCUUCUAGAGAAGGUUCUGAAGCUGGAGAGCUCACAGCCAGAGACCAAGGACAUGGCCAGCAAAGUAAUGGGGCAGUGUGAAAACUUCAAAGAAGACCCGAUGGAAACAAAUCAUGGACAGGAGGUAAACUAUGGACAAAGAGGUUGACAGCACAAGAGCUAUGAUUCUCAGCAAGCAUCAAGCAAACCAACCUAAGGCCCCUCCUACUGUCAUCACCACAAGGGUCAAUCGUGUGCAUUUUUCUUCUUCUUCUCAUUCUUCUUAUUUUGUAGAUCAGAAAUGUGUCUGACCCUCUUCACAGCAGUUUGGACAAAACCUUAAUAUAUGACACAUAGGACUUAAGAUGUGGUGCAUGGUGUUUUGUUGUGAGGGUGCUUACCUUUGCUGCACAUAAGCAUCUCUUGGGAGGGGUUGGUGGGGGUGGGUGACUGUUAUCUCUCAGUGUGCACGCACGUGUGUGUGUGUGUGUGUGUGUGCGUGCGUGCGCGUGUGUGUCAAAGACGUACGGGCAGAACAAAGCAGUCAGAGUGGUUCUCAGUGGAAGGAAACGGGUCCUCCCCAGCUCGCUACCAUUAACUGUAACAUUGAACAAAAGGCUGAGGUGCAGCGCCAUCAGAGGUGGCAGCACUCACACUGCUCGCUCACAGUCGCUCGUGCUUGUGGAGGGCCACUGAGCUGUUGACAUGUACAGUGAAUAUUAGCCAUUAUGUUUGUAGGCUGCAGAGAAGCGUCACACUGAUGUUGACAGGAGGGAAGUCUUCCCAGACCUUGUGGCACAAUGAUGGACUUCUUUGUUAUAUAUGUAAAUAUUCUCUGUUUGUCUCAUCCUUUUACUGUGUGUAUGUUUUAUAAUAUAACUGUAAACACUCAUGACUUUACUCUGUAUUUAAAUUUGUUUAGGUUGGACUGACAGGUGGUCAGUGCUAAGAAACUAUAUACUGAAUACCCAAUCAUUCAAAUGUAGUCUGGCAAUCCUGGGUACUCUGUUCUUCAAAGGAUCAUUUAGAUAUAGAUUUGGUUCAUCCUCACCUUGCUCUUAAAUUAUCUGGCAUGUUAUCCUGACUCUGUUGAAUCAUUUUACUGGAAGUAGCCGUGACUUUCAAAAAUGAGGGAGGUCAAAUCGUUCAAAGCAAAUACACCAUAUAGCCAACAGGCACAAAAGUAACUCCAUCAAGAGAGUGUUUUCUCAGUUGGUGCAGAGAACCUGCAUGGAGCCUCGGCCUUGUCCAAAUUACAACCAGUUAGCAUCCAAUGAGGAACUACUGGCAGCUACGGGGACGGGUUUAGGUGUGACGACCACUGAGGGGAGUGACUGCUCGUUUGAAAAAUGUAAUUAUGGCUCCUCCAGAGGUUAGUGUGGCUGCUGUAGCAUCAGUAACAUCAGAACUGAGGAGUUGAGACUGAAAGAAAAAAACAAAGAACAACAGUGAAGGCUUGUCUUGAUGGUGUUUUCACUCUUCUCUCCACUGACUUCAGCAAGAAUUUGAUUCACCAGAGGUCGGUCAGUGCUCUCCUGCUGUAACUCCAGGCCUGCAGAUAUGUGAAAUAUAUAAUAAAGUAACAUUUACAUUUUCAACCUUGAAGUCUGCAGACCCAACCCGUACUGACUCAAGUGUCAUCACUUGAGGACAGAAUGUCACACUGUUGUUGUGAGUAAGUAGUUGAACAUUUAAAUAUACUAUGGACAUAUAACUGGAUGUCCAUCUGGAAUUCUAAAGCUGUCUCCAGUGGUUUGCUCUAAAGCUCAGCAGUGCUUCCAGUUGUCAGGUUUGAUGCCAGAUAAUCAGCAAGGCAAGGCUAAAGGUUGCGAUUAUCUUUCGACAACACCUGAUGGGCCAUUACGUGUACUGGUUGGUCGACAUGCUGCUAAGUAACUGCGUCACUUAAACUCCUCUUCUAGUAUGAGUUGUCCCAUGGUACUAUACUAACAUUAAACAGCAGAUGAAGCAAUAACUGAUGGGAGAAAGGAAAAUAGUGGUGUUUGGCUGAAAAUUGAAACUAGGAUGACCUGUUCAGGAAGGAAGCAGGAUGCUUCUUUUUGACAACCCAAAUCAAUGCCUGACUGUAUUCACGUCAUUUGCAGUUGUGACUGUAAGGGUGCCCUGUGGAGUUCUCUUGUCAACAAACAGAUUCAUGUUAUCGUGAUGUUUGUCACAAAAAGACGUGCGUGUAUGCAAGAGGCCUAACAAACUUGUUGAAUUUACUUAAAAAUAUUUUAAAAGCAGUUUUUUAAUUCAAUCUGUUUUCUUUUACAUUUUGCAAACUACAAAUGUUUUGCUAGCUCACGGCCUUUUUCUCCUCUGCCACUGCUGACAUAUUGCUUUCUUGCUACCAACUCUGGAGACGUGGAAUAGCAUAAAGCUACAAAUGUGUACAGCUCCGCCCAUGUUUUCUUGCAUGUGGGUCCUUUUAAGUGACCUCAAGAUGCAACACACAGAUGGGCGAAUCAAGACAGUGCUCCACAGUGCUACUUAGUGGCUUAAAACUCCACAGGGUGCCUUUGUGAUGACUCUCACUAACUGGUUUCCUCACCGGCAUUUCUCAAACGUGGCACUGGAAUCAAUAUAGGAUCCUCUUUUGCAGACAGCAGUCACAGUAAAUGUCAGCAGUAGCUGUCUGAAUUAGGAGCCAUUCAUUUUAGUCUACAGAGUAGAUUACCUGUCAUGUAUACUGAGUUCCAUACCAGUGAGGCACGGCAGAUAUACCACAUUUUACUGCUUUUCUUACCUUGUUUUAACACUUUAGCUACAAACUGUAUUUUAGUUUGAUUGAUACAGACAUGGUUGCCAUGUUUCCAGGUUUGGGACAGUGACUGUAUGUUAAGAUUAGAGUUGCCUUUUUUUUGACACUCAGAGGACAGUUGAUGUACCAGUAAAUAGAUUAACAGAAGUCAUAAAUUAAACUGUUUUGUUUUAUUUUUCCAAAUCUAUUUCCUAUUUUUACAAAAUAAACUAAGAAAAGAUUAAAUGGCAGCAUCACCAAUUUUACAUAUUAAAAUGCGUUUGCAGUUGGAAACUUUUAGGUUUUUAAAAGCAGUCCAGUGGUCUAACGUUACACUCCUCCCUAACACUGUUGGACUCGUCGUGGACAGUUUAAAAGCAAAUGAUUAAAAUCGGUACAGCGGAACAGAGAUAUCAACUGUCUUAUUCCACACUUCCUUUUUAAAACCGGGUGCCUACAUUACCCAAAAUGAAACUUAGCAACUGAGUGACACCACUGGAGGCAGUUGUGCAGAUUCAUAUUAAUUAGACAAAAUGAUUAAUACUACUUGUUCACAUAUGCAGUAGUAAUCCCCAACACCUGUAAACUUUAAUUUAUAAAAUAGUAUAAUAAUCAAACUAUUAUGGCAGUAUGACCGUGUGCAAUAACCAAAUUGCAGAGGCUGCAAGUUUUUGAUAAAGGUAAAAUGUGUCACAACAUACAAUUGUAAAUGAAGCAUUGUGCUACUCAGAUGCCCUGGCCUACAAAUCAGAUCAUAUAUUCCAGCAAAUUCAGUGGAAAUGUGGUACUUGCCAGUACCACUAAAAUCUUGACCCAUGUUUAAAUAUCUGACAAAAUAACUCCAAAAUGAUUUUUUGGCUUUGAUUUUUAGAUUUGCUAGGCCCUAGUUGACAGUUAAUUUUCUGUCAUUCAGCACUUGAGCACAUUUAGGUCAGUGCUCUAGAGUGAGUUUCCAGCUUGGUUUAAUUCUUACAGCAUUGGAUUGUUGCCAUCUGAAUUAAGUUUCUUUUUAACAGAUGAUCUGAAUGUGUUUGGAUGAGCAGUGUGAGCAGGUGUACAGACUCACUUUGCCUGCAGUGCUGACGCUCAGGACAGGUUUUGGAUGGUGGAUAUGAGCGAAAAAGAUUGAAUUCACGUUCAUGUCGUUCAUUAAAUUUUUAAACCAUGAACUACCAGGACUAUAGUUUUGAUGCCAGUGAAGGAACAAUACGUCACCAGUCAUAUUUCACAGCAUUCAAAAUGUUUUCUCCUCCAGCUGGUUGAACCAGGUCAGACAUGUUGCACACUGGUUAGUAAUAUGUAGCACACUGGCACCACAGUGUGUAGCUCUAGCUGGUUCCCGGUGUCAGCCUCUGUACACAGAAUCCUACCCAGUUAAGGACUGUGUUCAUGAGUGUCUUUAAGCUAUUCCAUAUCAGUUGUGUUGGGUUCACCCACUGACUCGAUUUCCUGGUUCUCAUGUACAGUUUUUCUUUGUGUGAUUUUUGGGAAUCUGAUUGGUCCAGCUCUGUCUCUAUCGCUACUUCACAGUCAUGGUACAAGUUGAUGUUCAAGUAGGCAGUGGUGUGAGAUGAAAAGCUUUAAUAGAGACUUACUUGAUGUUUCUGUCUGGAAUUCCGAUGUGUGCAUCUGAAGAGGAUGUGCUUUCACGUGUGAUCAGAACAAAAUCUCUUGUGACUUUUGAGUUAAGAAUUACAGUGUUUGAUUAAAGAUCCUAGCAGAGGUGUGAGCUUCUCUCUGGAGAAGCCAGAUGAUCACAGUUGGACAUCUUACAUCUCCAUCAUCUCAUUAGAAGUCACUGAAUGUUUCCAUUUAUGCUUUCCAGGAAGAAAUAAUGUCUACAGCUGGGUGUCAGUGACGGCAAGUAGCUACUGUCAGGGUUUGAUUGUUAUUUAUAAUGUUGUAUGUGCUGAAAACUUAAAAAAAUAAAAUAAAAAAAAACAUUAAAGUUAAAUACUUCUUCAGGAGAACUGCUGUGUCACAAACUGUUUCAGAUUUCAUCUACUAAUUUCACAAUGUUUCUAAAGUCUGUCGACACUCUGUUAUUGAUUUCUUUUGUAACUGCUGAUGAUAAGUGUAAUCCAAAAUGGAGUGAAGAACAUUUGAUCCAAACAUUAUGGAGUUUUUCCUGACUUAAAUAGUACCAGGCCAUUAGUGUAAAGAUAUGAAUAAGCAAUAAAGAUGGAGUGGUUUAAAAAUGGAA